AUGUCAGUUGUAGUGUUGAAAUUUUUCAACAUUUAAUUGAAAUAUUUCAUCAUGCGAAAACUCAGUCAGUCGACCUACUCAACUACUGUAAUACCAAAUUUGGUCGACUCGUCAUGGCCAUGUGAUGCAAAUAUUUUAUCGGCCUUUUUCAAACGCAGAGGUGUUUUUUUCACGCAUGCACAAACUAGUAAAAAACGCAACAACUAGCGAAAACAAUACGGCCGACCACAAGACAGUCGAUGCUGAUAAGAGCUCUACAAAAGCCAACAGUAAAACAGAACCAUUCCAAAACCAACCAGCUUCCGCCAAUCGGAGUGAGUUGAACCAAGACGAGCGGAGAAAGCACCAGUGUGAUAUCUGCGGGAAGUCCUACACUAACAAGCAUUACCUGGCUUACCAUGUUACAACUCACACUGGACAAAAGCAAAAGAACAUUUGCGAUAUCUGCGAGAAAGGGUUCGGCACGAAAUAUAUGCUCGCAAACCACAGAAGGACACACACGGGCGAACGGCCAUUCCAAUGUGAUAUCUGUAGCAAAACCUUCGGACGAGUCAGUAGUCUGAACUUACAUAAGACAAUCCAUACAGAGGGCAAUGUUUUCAAAUGUGACGUAUGUGGCAAAGAGUUCCAACUGAAUGCACAACUGGUGCGGCACCAGAGGACGCACAGCAUGGAGCGGCCCCACAGCUGCCUAAUUUGCGGUAAAGGUUUCAGAAUAGGCUAUCUGUUGAUAAAUCACAUGCGUCGGCAUACCGGAGAGCGGCCGUUUAGAUGUGAUAUCUGCGGUUCGGCGUUCUCAUCCGCUACCAGCUUGAUCGUGCACAGGAAAAUUCACACGAACGCCGAGGAACGACCGUUCCAUUGUGACAUUUGCGGUGCAAAGUUCGCCGUCAAAGGUAACCUCGUGGCUCACGGAAAGGUACACUCGAAGGAGCGGUUCUUCAACUGUUUCCGCUGCGGGAUAAUGUUCGACUCGAACGAAGAACUGAGGGAGCACAAACGACAGCUCCACGGUGAUCGACCGUUUAAAUGUACGCAGUGCGAGAAGGCUUUUCUUUCGGCCCGUAACCUGCGAGAACAUCUAACGGUGCACACGGGUGAGAGACCACAUCGGUGUUCGGUUUGCGGACAGAGCUUCAGAAGGUCCAGUAAUCUAACGAGGCACCUUAAAUUGCACAUGGGUGAACUCGCAUCGGAUCACUACCAGUGUGAUCAGUGCGAUUACCGGUUCCCGCGAAAGGAAGAUCUGGUGAGGCAUCAGGUUGAACAUGAGGAAAAUUAAAUAUUUGUUUUUGAAAUUUUGUUUGUCAUUUUGUGAAGAGUUCCGAAAAAUGUUACUACACGUUUAAAAUAGCGCUUUUGCUACGCACCGACUAUGUCGACCUUACCAGGUGAUUUGAAAGUACAUAUAAAAAUUUUAGGGGGAUAAUCUAAUGCCAA